UUCCAUUCCAUAAUAUUUCUAUUUUGCAAGUGCUUAGUUAUAAUUUUUUAUGGCGGCUGUGUCUUGACAAAUUAUUUGCACAUUUUCCGUAGUUACAAGCAUUUUAUCAAAUACUCUCAAUUGAGACUGCGACGCUGCUGCAAAACAUACAUACUUCAACAAACAUAAAACAAACUACGGAAACAUUGUUUUGGCGGGACUACCACUGUUUGCUGCUGCUUGCCUUUUGGUGGUGAUAAACUAAAAAAUCGUGCACAACAAUUUUAUUUAGAAAGUAAACAUGGUUGAUCGCAGUGAUAAUGCGGAAUCAUUUGAUGAUGCCGUAGAGGAGCGCGUCAUCAAUGAGGAGUAUAAAAUCUGGAAGAAAAAUACACCUUUUUUGUAUGACUUAGUUAUGACUCAUGCCUUGGAAUGGCCCUCAUUAACAGCUCAAUGGCUGCCGGAUGUCACGAAACAGGAAGGUAAAGAUUAUUCUGUGCAUCGUUUAAUUUUGGGCACUCACACCUCUGAUGAACAGAACCACUUGCUAAUAGCUAGCGUCCAGCUGCCUAGUGAGGAUGCUCAAUUUGAUGGGUCUCACUAUGAUAAUGAAAAAGGAGAAUUUGGUGGUUUUGGUUCAGUGUGUGGUAAGAUUGAAAUUGAGAUUAAAAUAAAUCACGAGGGAGAAGUAAACAGGGCCCGAUACAUGCCGCAAAAUGCUUGCGUUAUUGCCACCAAAACUCCAUCGAGCGAUGUUUUAGUUUUUGACUAUACCAAACAUCCCAGCAAGCCCGAACCUUCAGGUGAAUGUCAACCUGAUUUAAGGCUGCGUGGUCAUCAAAAGGAAGGCUAUGGCUUGUCGUGGAAUCCGAAUUUGAAUGGCUACUUGUUGUCAGCCUCCGACGACCAUACGAUUUGUUUGUGGGACAUAAAUGCCACACCUAAGGAGCAUCGUGUUAUCGAUGCUAAGAAUAUUUUUACAGGCCAUACAGCAGUCGUUGAGGAUGUAGCUUGGCAUUUGCUGCAUGAAUCAUUGUUUGGCUCUGUGGCUGACGACCAAAAACUUAUGAUUUGGGACACACGUAACAAUAACACUUCCAAACCCUCUCACACAGUUGAUGCUCAUACGGCAGAAGUAAAUUGUCUCAGUUUUAAUCCCUAUUCAGAAUUUAUUUUAGCUACCGGCUCUGCCGAUAAAACUGUAGCCCUGUGGGAUUUGCGUAAUCUUAAAUUGAAAUUACAUUCCUUUGAAUCGCAUAAAGAUGAAAUCUUCCAAGUACAGUGGUCUCCUCAUAACGAAACAAUUUUGGCUUCAUCUGGAACCGAUCGCCGCCUACACGUCUGGGAUUUGUCAAAGAUUGGUGAAGAGCAAAGUGCUGAAGAUGCUGAAGAUGGCCCUCCAGAGUUACUCUUCAUACACGGUGGUCAUACUGCUAAAAUAUCAGAUUUCUCCUGGAAUCCCAAUGAACCUUGGAUAAUAUGCUCAGUUUCGGAAGAUAAUAUCAUGCAAGUCUGGCAAAUGGCAGAAAAUGUCUACAAUGAUGAAGAGCCCGAGAUACCAUCUUCUGAAUUAGAAGGUGUUACUGGUUAAACAGCACUCGAAAAAAUUUGUUGCAAAUACAAGACCAUAAUUUUUAAAAUGAAAAUUAUAUGCUAAAGCAUCUUUUUAAAUGUUUAAUGUAAGUUAGAGCUCAAUUUGAGAGUAUUUUUUUUUAUGUUUCAAGAAAAGGAAAAAUAUGCAGCAGCAUUUUUUUAAAUAAAUUAUUUUCAACAUUCUA